UCUAUUGAUUAAUGUAUUUUGUGUUGGGGAGUCUGUGUGGUACACGUACACACACGACGUUAUGUACAAUUUUACCACCACCUGUGGUAGUGUAGCGGUCGUCGAGUCAGAGAGCAAGAUUGAGCGAAUGUUGUCAAAACCUGGAACUUUUUAUCUUUCAACUAGUCACCUACCUAUAUUGAGAAUGUCUUGAUAUGACACGGACUGGAUCGUGAAGAUGGCGAGUUUGAGAGAAAGAAGCCCUGGACCAGGCCGCAACCAGGACCAUGACGGGGCCGGUGGCUCGUCAGGGCCGGGUAGACCGGCAGCUGGCUACGCUAGUACGGCAACGUCAACAACAGCUCCAGAAGAAACGCCGACAAGUGGCAGCAGCAGCCGUGAAAAGACGACGGCCCCUUUCCGGCGAAAAUUGACCCACACUGCCAAGACACUGUUCAUGAGCAACUUUCAGGCCACUGUGACUUAUUGCAGCGUGUUCUGGAGUUUUGGAAUGUGCGUUGCUUUACUGGGGCCGACUUUGCUAGACCUUGGUUGUCAGACGGGAAGUAGCGUAGCUAGCAUGAGUUGGGCCUUCUUGUCCCAGUCUCUAAGCACUUUGAUCGGCUCUAUGAUAGGAGGAAUGCUGUCAGAUAGGUUUAGCCCCGAUCCUCUUCUUUUCUUGGCCACCGUCAUCAUAGCAGCCAAUAUAGCUUUAAUUCCUCUGUGUGAUCACCUCUACUUGCUCAUCAUGGACAUGGCCAUCAUGGGCAUCUUCAUGGGUAUCAUUGACACUGUUGCCAAUGUCUCACUUCUCAAGAUUUACGGCAAGCUUGUCUCCCCUUUCCUUCAGGCACUUCAUUUCUGCUACGGCCUAGGGGCCUUCAUAAGCCCUAUCAUUGCUGAGCCCUUCCUCCUAAAUGAGGAUUGUUCCCCAUUCAUUGACAACAGCUCCUCCAGCGCCGACCCCCUGAUUCCGAUUGUGGAACGAGAUGAGGGAACCAAGUAUACCGAGGAGCCUCCAGUUUCCAUAGAGACGUUGCAAGAUGCCCAGAAUAACACUAGGGUGCGAUAUGCCUUCUGGAUCAUGUCUGCAGUACAGAUACCCAUAAUUCUGAUGGUAUUUUGCUUACUUAUGAGGAAGAAAUGUCUGGAUCCUCUAUUGGGUAGAGAUUCCAGCUUGGGCAAACUGGACCGAUCAAUGUAUGAAGAUCUAGACCGAGACGCAGAUGAGGUAGGGAGCGCAGCUCAGGAAAGCCAAGGCAACAAGACAGGUCCUUGCUGCACCUCAGGCCACUCUAAAGUCAUCUCAGUCACUCUACUGUCAUCUUCACUGCUGUUCCUUUAUGAUGGCCUACAGGCUGCUUAUGGUGGUUUUAUCUUCGCCUACGCGAUGAAGAAUGCAGCCAUUGAGCUAUCAGCUACAGAUAGUGCUUACAUUACAUCCGUCUACUGGGGUUGUUUUGCCCUGGGCAGGCUUAUUUCCAUUCCCAUCUCCACAAAGCUCUCGCCAGGAGCCAUGCUUAUGUGCAACUUGAUGGGUUGUUUUGGUGCUUUGACCCUGCUGGUGUGUAUGAGAGACAAUUACGUAGUCGUCUUCAUUACAUCAGGUGUGUUUGGCUUAUCGCUAAGCAGCGUCUAUCCUACAGUUAUCGCCUUGGCCGAACAGUACAUACACAUGACAGGGUUUGUGACCAGCUGUGUUGUGAUAGGGGCUGCUACGGGAGAAAUGGCAUUUCCGGUCAUCGUUGGCAGGGUUUUCUUCCCAAUUCAACCAUACAUCUUCCUUGUAUUCUGUCAUGCUGUGAGUAUCGUUGGCGUCGUUCUGCUCAUAGUUCUAAUCAUCGUCGGUCACUUCCCAAAGACAGUACCAGCCGUGGAGAAGGCCCAGAAUGCCAUCUUGUGGUGUCGAGCCUGCUGCAUCACCAGCAAAUCACAGGGACCUCUGGCCGACCAUUCCAAGUAUUUCACCAGCCUAGCCGACACCCGCAAAGCCUAUCUGGUGGUAGGGUCACCUGAACAAAUCCCACUGGAGAAGAUACCCAUUACCACCACGAUAGGCGAAGAUAAGAAAGAAACAUAGGGAAUUAAUCUGGCCUUAACAACCCAUGCUUUAUAAGUACAUAGCCUUGGAAAUGUAUCAGGUCACAACCUUAUCCUUUAUGUUUCCCUUGUUAGAGUUCUAAAUAGCAAAAACCCAUAAGUCCAUGUGAUGAGACUGAAAUGAGUUAUGUUCUCCCCUCUACCAUACCCAUGCUGGUGGUUUGUAUGCUUUGAGCAUGAGACAUGUACAUGCAUUCCAAGGCUUUUGCAUAUGAUCCAGCUUUCAUUUGAAAAUGUUUCGUCUCUCAAUCUAGCAGCAAUUUCAACAUUCAAAGACUGAAUUUUUUGUAAAGAUUAUUCCGCUUUGAUCCGUCCUCUUUGGCCAUUUGAAAGCCGAGGUAAAUUGGUGUAGUGUAUAUGCACACUCCGUCAGAAUAACAUGACUGCUAGUUGAUAAACACAUCACCACCUGUGCCAGCUGGGGAAUUUCUCAAUAUCUCUCUUAGGUGUCAACAUUGGCAGUCCAAACAUGGUAGAACUUUCGUAAGCACAAACACUCAGAUCAUUGUAUGAAUCCGUACAUGCUUGACCUUUAAAGGAGGCCUCAGUAAUUGGAAAUUGACAUCAUAAUGUGCUGCUAUUUAGCCAGGAUAGAGAGGGGCAGUUCUAAUUAGUAUAACUAUUUACAGAUUAAAAAUUGACCUUUGAACUUGAGUACAACACAAACUUGCAUGUCAGCCAAUAGCAUCUAAUCUAAACACCACUGAUAAUUCCUGAAAACAGUAGAAUUCUGACCUGUCAAAUUGUGUGGUGCAGUCCAGGUGGAACAAGUGUUAUGCUGCAAUGUGAACAAAUUUGUUAUGACCUUUGACCAUUGUAGAGAAACUAGAGAUGUCUUCCACAAAACAGGACACAGAAAGAAGUAGAAAUGAAAAAAAAAAUUAAAUGUAAGGUUUUUAGCUUGAAUUCUUAAGAACAGAUAAAUCAAUACAGUUUUCAAGUUUACAUUGGUGAGCUGGAUCUUCAGUCAUAAUACUGUGCUGUGUGGCAAUUUGGUUCAGUUAAAUUGCCACAUAAACGCAGUUAUCAACUUCCCUUUAUUUAAGCGUAGUAUUUUUGAGCUCCAUAUUUACUAUACUGUGUUUGUUUGGGUUCGAGAUUACUCUAGGUAUUCCAGCAAAGUCUAAAUGCUUCUAGUUAAAUUUUAAAAGUUAAAUACAUUAAGUUAUAUUUUGAAAUCUUUUAACUGUCACGUUCUUGAAAUUUUGUUUUAUUUACGAGAACACUUGAGUCCCUUUGUCCUGGGAGACAAAGAUUUUACUUAACAAGAAAAUGUCUGUUUUCAAAUUGUAGAUAUAUUUUUCUUGAUAAAGAGUAGCCUUGCUGAAAUUGGCAUGUGUGAAAUAUCUAUUCAUAAUUUGGAUGAAAAGAGUAAAGCUUUUUCCAAAGCGUCAUAGUCUAGCAAACUUGUACAUCCUGUAAAGGUGUGAUUGUAACCCCCCCCCUCCAUAUUGUAUUCUUGAAGCACCAAUUGUCAUGAUUCAGUAAUGAAACUCUGGGCCACAAGUGAGUUAGUGUAUUGACUAAAAAUAGUAACGCUCUCUUGAACAGGAAAAUAAGUACAUGCUUCUUAACACUGUUUGACAAAAACUACUUAGGCAAAGAGUUGGAAAGUGUGGUGUGAAAAUGAAUGCUGUCUGUAGCUUACAAUUUUGAGCACUGUGUGAUAUUGAAAUAAUUAUGUUAAAUGAUACCAAAGUAGGCACGCUAUAGAUCCCUAUGAUUUCUCACCUUUUGGACUUGCACACCUUGUAUUAAGGUAUUAGUGUGACUUUAAACACUCUUCUUUCAGUACUCGGCAGAGGCAUGGAUAUACUUUGAAAUUCUGUAGGUAUGCUAUUUCAUUAAGAUUGCAUAAACAUGUAUAAAGCACUGUAUCAGUUGAUUAGUAUACCAGAAUUCGUUUGCAUAGAGACAUAGGAGCGAAUGGAGCGAAGACCUAGACCUAGCUCUAGACAAGAGAUUCGGAUGCAGCCAAAGUCAAAUUUAUCCAGUCUCCUCACUUGGCAGAUGAAUGAUUGUCAAAGUGGGCCUCAUUAAUUGGGCAGUCCAUAAAGCGCCACCCCAUUAUAGGACCACCAGCAUUCAAAUUUAUACAUUCUAGCAUAUUCCUUUGUCAUUGUUCAUUGUAUGUCACUAGUGGCUAGACUUUGAGAAUGGACUUAGCAAAAGUCUGUUGUGGCUUGUGCUACGGGUCAUGUUCCAAUGUUGCGGCUUUGGAACAUGUCAUAAUUUGUCUGAACUUCAACGUUCAAAUUCAAUAUUGCUGCAUGUUUAAUUUGCUUACUUUUAUUUUUUUCAAUACAUGUAUUCAGUCAUCGUGUUCAACAGUGUUGGGAUCAAUGACCCAACUAUAUGCCAUGGAUAAGAUGACCAAUUUAAUUCUAAAAAGGGAGGUUUUUAUGACUGUCAUAGUCAGGAGGGUAGUGGGUUUUUUGGGCAUAAAUUCAGUUAAUACUGAUUACAUGUGUAAUAACCAGUGAAUUCACUGAUAAAGCUAUGCUUUAUAAUAGAAGAAAGCUUUACACUGUAGCCACAUGUGCAUUUUGUCCUUUGCAUUGCAUAGGUGCACAUUUUUUAACACAGUGGGCGCCAAGACAGUGACGGUGCAUAAAAUUGCUGGUGUCAAUCAUUGCCCGUCUGUUUACGUAUAUAAAUUAUAAAAAGUGAAGUCAUCGUUUAAGCUGAAAUAAUGGAAGUGAACCAGGAAUUCAUGAAACACCGUAUUUUAAAGUGGUUUUUAAAAGUGUCAGUUUUGCCUGUAGGUACCUAUGUGCAUUAUAAAAGUACUUGUAUUGGUGCAUUCCUUAUGUACAUACUAUGUCAGAUGUAAAGAGAAGGUUGUCUAUAUAUAGAGAGGGAUGUCUAUAUUUUUGCACACAGCAUGUUUGUGUGUUCAUUACACUUGUGCAUUUUGUGUUUUGUCAGUACUUUGUGAUGUCUAAUAAGCAGAAGGGUGAGUAAAGUUUGAUCAUGUUAUAAUCUUAA